CACAGGAUGUGUUACUGAUUACUAAGUGAUAGUUCUUAGUCACCAUUUUCUGCUGAAAUUACUGCUGUAAUCCUGGUUGUAACUUCUGGUGGUGAGAAACAUCAUCUUUGCUCACCUGUGUGUGCAGUUUGGUGUCUUAAUAUGGGGAAAAAUACCUGAAAAUAAUCAAAUUAGAUAUCAUGGGCGUCCCUCAAGAAAAAAGAUGAACGUAUUAAGGGCGCUUAAUAAGUACUUCCCGACAAAACAUGAAGUAGAGACCCCAGACAAGGUCAUCACAAUAUCAUCUCCCACUGUUGUUAAGCAUGAUAUUCACGUCGUCUUCAAUAAAAACACGCAGUCGUUUGAGGGCAUCCCGCCAGCAUGGAAAAAAUACAUUGAGAAUACCAUAGGCAAAGAUGAGGUGCAGAAUAACCCAGAGGCCGUCUUCUCGGCAGUUAUGUUUUGGAAUGCAUCAAUAUUCAAACAGAAAGAUGAACCAAAAUUCAAAUCGUCCCCACUGAAAUCAGAAGGUGGUAGCAAUUUUGAAGAGGCGCAUCCAUUAAAAAGAGCCGAAGAUGUUAAAAAGAGUACUGAGCAAGACCAGCCAGCAGACCCCAUCUACCUGAACAUUCCAGGACUCGUGAACAACCAUGAUGAACGACCAGAAGUGGAGAAUGGCCACAGCCCAGUACAGAUGCGGAGGAAGGCCGAUCACACGCUGAGUGACGAGGAGGUCAUGGCAGAAUUUCGGCGUAUUUGCUCUCCGAGGAAUCCCGAGAUGAUAUACGAGCGGGACAUGGAAUUGGGCGCAGGGGCAUCAGGAACAGUGUUCAUAGCUCGUGAGAAAGCCACUGGUUGUAAAGUAGCAGUGAAGGACAUUGAUCUUGCCAAGCAACCAAAAAAGGAACUCAUACUAAAUGAGAUCCAUGUAAUGAAAGAUCUCCAGCAUGAAAACCUCGUCAACUUCCUCGAUGUCUUCUUACUUAAUAAUCAUCUCUGGGUUGUCAUGGAGUUGCUGGAUGGUGGACCUCUGACGGAUGUAGUUACUGAGACUCUCAUGAAAGAACCUCAGAUUGCAGCAGUGUGCCACCACACUCUACGAGCCAUCGACUAUCUUCAUGAUAAUGGAGUGAUACAUCGAGACAUCAAGUCAGAUAACGUUCUCCUCGGCAAAGAUGGUUCCAUUAAGCUGACCGACUUCGGGUUCUGUGCUAACAUCACUGGGGACGAGAAGCGUCAGACCAUGGUAGGAACCCCAUACUGGAUGGCUCCUGAGGUUGUGAAUCGUAAACAUUAUGGCAAGAAGGUGGACAUCUGGUCCCUGGGCAUCAUGGCCAUCGAGAUGGUGGAGGGUGAACCUCCAUACCUGAAGGAAUCGCCGCUCAGAGCCCUCUAUCUUAUUGCUCUCAAUGGCAGACCAAACAUUCCUUCGUGGAAUAAAUUAUCCCCAGAUUUUCAGGACUUUUUAACCUGCUGCCUUGAAGUUAAUGUGGAGAAACGUGCAUCAGCCAAGGAACUCCUCGCUCAUCCAUUCCUCACUAUAGCAGUGAGCACCAAGACUCUGAAACCCCACAUUGAGGCAGCUCAGAAGAUCCUCGAGAAACGUAUCAGCAUGGUCUCUUAAGCUGGACUGAAUCGGAGUUGGUGUUUUAGGUUUAGAAGUCACAACUGUGUUUAUUUCCAAUGCACCGGCCAUCUCCCACCGAGGCAGGGUGACCUAAGAAGAAGAAAAAAGAAAGUUUUAUCUUUUAUUGUACCAGUCAUCUCCUACCGAGGCAGGGUAGGCAUUUGAGUCACCUCUUAUGAGAGACAUGACUUACAGAGGAAGAAUUCUUCUCCACUUCUCCAUGGAGAACGACUAUGCUCAUAACAACAUAUUUUUAAGGCUAGUUUUUAUUUAAACUGCACUGGACGUUUCCCACCAAGGUAGGGUGACCCAGAGAAGGAAGCACAUUCACCAUCAUUCGUUUAGUGGCUAUCCUGCCAUCUCACUCUACCUCAGUGGGAGACGGUCAGUGCAUUGAAAACAAAGAGGCCUAUGUCUACAUUGCAGUUAUUUUGCAUCUAUUGUUUACUGAUAGUAAACUGUGAUUUAUAAGCAAAUUAAGUAUAACUGUUGAAAAAAUAUUAAUUUUUUUGACUUGCAAGAAUUACAGUAUUACAGUCAACCUCACAAUAUAACAGACAUCAGUAUGACAGAUUUAUGAAGUAAUAGGCAAAAUCUGCUAAGUAUAUUGUAUUAUUAACUCUGUUAUUUUCAAUGUUUCUUGCAAUGUAUCUGUAAAUUGAGUGUACAGAGGUAAAUUAGGAAGACAGUAGAGUACUUAAGUUUUUUACUCCUAUAUUUUAACAUUAUUCUGAUUCACCGAGCACUAUAAGUGCAUUAUAUUGAGGUUCCAGUCAGGGAACAAAUGGAGUUCGAACCCAAGGCAAGACAGUCUUAAAACUCACAGGACAGUACAUUAACCACUUGACCUAUAAACUUUAGAACUCGCCUGCCAUGGGUUCAAGUCUCACCUAUUCCCUGAUUUGUUUGCAGUCGUGUUGUUAUGAUUUCGUGAGUCCUCGAGGGUCUACUAACAAACUUUGCUAGUCAUACAAGAUACAUCUGACAUAACCAAUAUGUGUCCUUGCAUUCAUGUGUCUUUACUGAACUUCUGUUUCGAUGUUAGAUAAAAUGACACAUGCACCUGAUGCAACAUUUACUGUGGCAACAUUUCAUUCACCAGGAGCUUAGUCGAGCUGUUACCGGAGAGCAAAACGUUGCCAUGAUAUACAGUAGGGCCUUGAAUAACAUAAUUUCGUUCAUCAUUUCAUUAUAACACAGAUGAGAAAAAGAAUUUAAUGAAUACAAUAAAUAAUGUAAAAUAAAAAUUUGUAAAGUAUAUGAUAAUCAUACAAAUGCACAACAACAAACAUUGUGGUACGAAAAUGCAGUGAGUCUGACGCCAUAUUUGUUAUUGUUUGUUUUUAAACUGCGUAGUGGUAGGAGGCGUUUCAUAUAUUUUUCCCUUUGCAAACAUUUAUUCCUUGAUUUAACCCUGUUGCAAUGAGUGUUGAAGGUGCACUGUGCACCACUGAUGUCUAUGGCCACAAAAAGCAGAGAAAAAGUGUAACAUUAGAAACAAAACUACAAGUUUUAAAGAGGUUUGACAAUGGAGGGCGAGAUGCGGUUUUGUCAAACGUUGUUUUUAAACCUAUCGACGAUGUUAAGUGAGGACUUAUUGUAAUAUCACAUUAGUUGCAUAUAUUAUUUUACCUAACUUUUUUUUCAACAAACCAGCCGUAUGGAGGCCUGGUCACAGACCGGGCCGCGGGGGCGUUGACCCCCGAAACUCUCUCCAGGUAAACUCCAGGUAUCUCACCAAGGCAGAAUGUUUGUAAAAGAAACCGAAAGUUUCUCUUUUUAAAUCUAGUAAUUUUAAAAUUUAAUAAUUUUACCUAACAUGUUGGUAAUUCUGCCAGCAUUAUUGCAAUUUGUUUGGAUGUUCUUAUGCAGUACAAGGAGUAAUUUUUAUUUUACCUCAUGUUAAGAGGUACAUUCAUGUGGACCAUUCAUCACAAUACAUGAUGAAUGUCCCCUUACACUAGUCGUGAGACAGAGAUGUGCACCACUGCAGUCGCAUCUCGAGUACAUGUGCCAUACUAGUGCUUCAAGUACAGUCCUUUUCCUUUAACCCUUAAACUGUCCAAACGUAGAUCUACGUUUACGCAUGUAGCGCUCCGACUUUGAUUUUCCCCAUUUGAAAGCAUGUAAAAAACGUAGAUCUACGUUCGGAGCACUACGCGAGCAAGUGUAGAUCUAUGUUUGGACAGUUUAGGGGUUAAGCUGUACAAUUAUAUUUUGUAACAUUGAGGUAAGGGCUGAGGAUGUUGAAGUUCUAAGGGUCAUCUGAACUGUGAUGUCAGCAUGCCUCCGGCAAGACAGUAAUUAAAUGAAUGAUGGUGAAUGUGUUUCUUCUCUUUUUGGGUCAUCCUACCUCUGUGGGAGAUGGCUAGUGAUUUCUCACCAAGGCUUGCUGUAAUACCUGGACAGGAGGUACUCAGCUUGUGGAAAAGUUCCACUCAUCAUGUUCCAACUUUACAAUGAAUUAAACCAUACCAUGGACGGGGAUAGAACCCACGAUCAGAGAGUCUCAAAACUCCAGACCGUCGCGUUAGCCACUGGACCAGCUAGCUACAAUAAGAUUCGUCCAACUAGUUAUAUUUCUACACCAUAGGAAGUCUAGCAUAGGCACCACUGUGACCACAAAUGCAAGCUUUUACAGACGAAUCUCCAGCUAGCAUCCUCUUCAAGGGGGGCUCCUUGGCGUGGUGAAGAGGCUCUUGGUCUGAGGAAUUAGACCUAUCGGUCUUCUUCCUCAGACCGAACCUAAUUACCCCCCAAUCUCCCCUCCCCUAUCCCAUCCUCCCCAUCCUCCCCUUUUUCCUUUCCUCCUCCUCCUCCCCACU